AAUUAGUUUAAAUUUAAUAUAUAUACCAAAACUAACCUGAAAAUUAACCAUCACAACGCGCAAACCAUAAAAAAUUUGAAAAAUUAUUUCUACGUACCUGAAUUUUAGCAACAUCAACAUAUCAAUCAAUCAUCAAUGUCAGUACUAUAAUGACAAAUACAAUCCCUAUAUGGCAUCUCACGAAAUCAUUCUUAUUAAUCAAGUUCAUCCAAAUCGUCAUUGUCUAUUUCACCCCAGUUCAAUUCGAUACUUCGUCACAAAUCAUCAUAACCCAAUUGAAAAAUCAACAUCAUCAUGAUUCUUUACCAUCCAUUAUAAUAUCGAUCCUUGAUAAAUUACUCGUAUGGGAUUCAGUCCAUUUCAAUGAGUUAUUCGUCAAUGAAUAUAAAUACGAACAUCAAUUUGUAUUCUGUCCUAAUUGGAUUUGGUUGAUUAGGAAUAUACCGAUUGGAGAUCAUAAUUAUUAUCAUAAAUUUUUAUUAUCGAUCGUGUUAUCAAAUCUAUGUCAUUAUUUAAGUGUGAUAGUAUUGUAUUAUCUCACUCUUCGAUAUUUUGAAUCAUCAAAUCAUGGACGAAGACAAUCACAACAUCUGCCUUCACAAUUGGCUCGAUUAUCAUCAUUGUUUUUAAUUAUUUCUUCAGCGGGGAUAUUCCUCACUAUCAAUUAUUCAGAGAAUUUAUGUAAUUUAUUAACUUAUUCCGCUAUUUACGUAUAUGAUUGCAGUUUAAAUUAUCAAGAUUUCAAAUCAACGAACAAGAAAUCAAUCAAUAAUUAUUAUUUAUACGUGUUUAGUGGGAUCAUAAUAAGUUUAACAUUCACUAUCCGAGCCAAUGCAUUAUUAUUAGGUGUUAUAUACCUUAUUGAUCUUUAUCAAUUCCUAAUCAUUAAUAAGAAUGUAAAUAACAGUAUAGGAGCAAUCAUGGGAGGAUUACCAUUAUUCCUUAUGUUCGUCAUAACUAAUCUUAUCAGUUAUCUCAAAUUUUGUCCUCAAAGAGGUGAAUGGUGUAAUUAUAAACUCCCCAUUUUAUUCCAAUAUGCUCAAUCCCAUUAUUGGAAUGUAGGAUUCUUAAAAUAUUGGACCAUGGGGAAUAUACCUAAUUUCAUUAUUAUCUUACCCACCAUUAUAAUCCAAGUAUUUACAAUCUUAUCAUUUUAUAAGGAUUUACCUCAACUGCCUAAAUUUUUAAAUUUAGUAAUCAUAUCGAUAUUAAUGAAUAUCGGUGCCAUAUUCUUUUGGAAUGCUCAGAUUUUAACCAGGAUAAUUACAAUGUUACCCUUACAAUAUUGGUAUUUAAGUAUAUUAUUUCAAAACCCCAAUCCUCAUCAAAAAUCAAUGGUUAAAAUUAUAAUUUAUUAUAAUUUGAUAUGGAAUUUUUUACAAACCAGCUUAUUAGCCGCAUUCUUACCUCCAGCAUGAUAACGUCAAAAGUUUGUUCGAUUAUCACCUUAUUGGGAUUUUAACCCAUUUCUGUAUAUAUAGUGGCUUCUAAAUAUAAUACACGAUAAACUACUAAUUCAGUAAAACAUUACGCUUCCUGAUAUAAAAAAACUUCUGCGGAUCCACAGAUAUAACCACCGAGAUAUGAACCUUCACUGCACUCCAAACUAGCUAACUAACUCACCUGAUUAUUUAUUUAUGGGUAGAUCAGGAUAAAGUUAAUCUUGUUCCGUGCCUGAUUAUU